UCAUUUUCAUUGUAUGGUCUGAAACCGUUAUGGCUGCGACUCCGAAGAUAAGAAUCGGAAUCGGCGCCGUAAACUCCCAUCGUCUCGCCAUGAGCUCCACCCCACUCUCUCUUCCUCCUCACUCCCUCAUUGUCCUCAGGAACGGGACCGUUCCUUCUCUCCGACGCUCUCUCUGCCUCAACUCGCUCCCUUCUACUCAUUCAUCUCCUCUCCGAGUCAAAGCAUCCUCCGCCGAGCCGCCCCCUUCUCCAGCCAAAGGAGUUGAGAAUGUGGUAAUUAUAGGUUCGGGUCCUGCUGGAUAUACAGCUGCAAUAUAUGCUGCACGUGCCAAUUUGAAGCCUGUAGUGUUUGAGGGUUAUCAAAUGGGUGGUGUGCCUGGUGGACAGCUGAUGACUACCACUGAAGUGGAGAACUUUCCAGGGUUUCCAGAAGGAAUAACUGGUCCGGAUUUGAUGGAUAGGAUGCGGCGGCAAGCAGAACGCUGGGGAGCUGAACUAUUCCAAGAAGAUGUAGAAUCUGUUGAUGUUAAACACAGUCCUUUCACUGUGAGAAGUGGUGAACGACAGGUUAAGUGCCACAGUGUCAUUUUUGCAACUGGGGCCACUGCAAAAAGGCUCAGGUUACCUCGUGAAGAUGAAUUUUGGAGUAGGGGAAUUAGUGCUUGUGCGAUUUGUGAUGGAGCAUCACCGCUGUUUAAGGGGCAGGUACUUGCUGUUGUUGGAGGUGGUGAUACAGCUACAGAGGAAGCACUGUACCUAACUAAAUAUGCCCGUCAUGUUCAUUUGCUUGUACGCAAGGAUCAGCUUAGGGCAUCUAAAGCAAUGCAAGAUAGAGUGUUCAGCAACCCAAAUGUCACUGUACACUUCAAUACAGAGACAGUGGAUGUCGUUAGCAAUACCAAAGGGCAGAUGUCCGGUAUUUUGACUAGAAAAGUUGAUACUGGGGAAGAAUCUGUACUUGAGGCAAAAGGCUUGUUCUAUGGUAUUGGCCAUUUGCCUAAUAGCCACCUGUUGGAAGGCCAAGUUGAACUGGACAAUGCAGGCUAUGUAUUAGUUGAGGAAGGUUCUGCAAAAACGUCUGUUGAAGGUGUGUUUGCAGCUGGAGAUUUACAGGACCAUGAAUGGAGGCAAGCCAUAACUGCUGCUGGAUCUGGAUGUGUUGCUGCUUUAUCAGUCGAAAGAUAUCUUGUUAGCAACGAUCUGCUUGUAGAGUUCCAUCAGCCUCCAACAGAAGAAGUUAAGAAGGAAAUCACUGACAGAGACACUCGAGAGGGCUUUGACAUUACAUUCACAAAGCAUAAAGGCCAGUAUGCUCUACGAAAGCUGUACCAUGAAAGUGCACGGCUCAUUUGUGUACUAUAUACAGCUCCAACUUGUGGUCCGUGUAGGACUUUGAAGCCAAUUCUUAGCAAGGUGAUUGAUGAAUUCGAUCAAAACGUGCAUUUUGUUGAAAUCGACAUCGAGGAAGAUCAAGAAAUAGCAGAAGCAGCUGGAAUUAUGGGUACACCAUGUGUGCAGUUCUUCAAGAACAAGGAUAUGCUCAGGACUGUAUCAGGAGUUAAAAUGAAGAAAGAGUACAGAGAAUUCAUUGAAGCUAAUAAAUGAGUGUGUUUUAAGCACUUAAAAAUUUGCAGUUGCCAUCAUUUUGUCAUUCAAUUUUGUUCCUAAAAAAACUUUAUAACAAAAUAAUGCAUUAAAAUUCUUUGCAAUGAUGUUGUUGUCCACUGCAAUUGUAGAUCAUAACUGCAGAGGAUUUCAAUCUCCAAUCUCGUAAUUUCCUUCAAUUUUGGACAUUGGGAAGAGCUUCUGCUUUGCCUACGUAAUUUUUUUCUUGUCUGUAUUCAUUCUUAAGACAUGUACUGAUGGAAUCUGCUGGCGUUUUCCGACCA